AGCAGUACUUCCUUGUAACGUCAAGUGUGCUAACUGUCGUGAAAGCACAUCGACGGAGAAAGACGUGAGGAAGACGCUAAUAAGUCAGUCUUAUUAUUUCUUAUCCAGUUUGCAAUAUUUACGUCGUAUACAUCAUUGAUUCUUUAUUUAAGGAUAAAGUCGUCUCGAUGCGCUAGAAGCACCGUGCCGCUUCUCCUGCUAUCUUUGCUUGUUAGUUAGCUUAGCUUGCUAGUUAGCUUAGCUUGUUAGCUGCUAACAGAAGACACAGAAGUUAUCAACACAUCGCUAAGUAGGGAACUAAUGUGAGUGUAAAGUGUUGUGAUUGUGUGAAAAUGUGCGAAAGAACGAUAGCAAAGUACGAGGAGGAACUUUGUCCAACAAAAGAGGAGAAGGAGCGACAACAUCAACUACUGGAUGUUUAUUAUAAGAAACAUCAUCAAGUUGUGUUACACAGACCAGACGUCUGUGAAGAGCAACUUCUGCCUGAAAAACAGGAGUGUAGCUUCAGGAUGGUGAAGGAGGAUCCAUCAAAGAGGAAGACCAGGCGCCACGGACCUUCAGGCGUAUCCUUUUCCUCUUUGACACAGAUCCUUCCCUGUAAAAAGGAAGAGGAAGACUCACUGACGCCCCACAUUAAAGAGGAAGAGGAGGAACACAGUGUCAGUCAGGAGGGAGAGCAUCUUGAAGGACUGGUGGAGUUCCCAGUGACUGGUGUCCCUGUGAAGAGUGAAGAUGAUGAGGUCAAAGGUGAAAGUGAGGAGAAGAGAGAGGCGGAGCCUCCAAGCAGCAGCUCAACACAACACAUGACAACAGAAGCUGAUGGAGACCACUGUGGAGGAUCACAAGCAGACAAGCUCUUAGCUCCACUAUCAGAUAGUGAGGACACAACGUCACACUCUCCUGAAACUGAUGAUGAAGACUCUAAAGAUGAUAAGACAUGUCACACUGACAACACUCACUUGAAAUGUUCUCACUGUGACAAAACCUUUAAACUACCUUGUUAUCUGAAAAGACACAUGAGAAUACACACUGGAGAAAAACCUUUUAUAUGUUCAAUAUGUGGUAAAGGUUUUACACAAAGUCACAGUUUGAAAAAACACACAUUAUUACACACUGGAGAAAAAUCUUUUAUAUGUUCAAUCUGUGGUAAAGGUUUUGUAGAAAGUUGUAAUUUGAAAGUACACAUGAGAACACACACUGGUGAAAAACCUUUUAUCUGUUCAAUCUGUGGUAAAGGUUUUGCACAAAGUUCAUGUUUGGAAAAACACAGAACAAUACACACUGGAGAAAAAUCUUUUAUCUGUUUAAUCUGUAGUAAGGGUUUUGUUCUAAGUAACAAAUUGAAAGUGCACAUGAGAACACACACUGGUGAAAAACCUUUUUCCUGUUCAAUCUGUGGUAAAGGUUUUACAGAAAGUCAAUAUUUGAAAGUACACAUGAGAACGCACACUGGUGAAAAACCCUUUUCGUGUUCAAUCUGUGGUAAAGGUUUUACACAAAGUCAGAAUUUGAAAAGACACAAGAACACACAUAUUUGAAAAAUCACAUUCCUGUUCAAUCUGCAACAGAAGCUUUUGUGACCGAUCAAACCUUGUAGCACACAUGAGCACAAACCCAGGAGAGAAAGUGUUGAGUUGCAGUGUGUGUGGUGAAAGAUUCUCUAAUAAGUACCAGUAACAUGCAUUAGAACACAUUAGAUGUUUUAUAUUAGUGCUUUUUUCAGUCAAGUACAUGUAUUAAUAUGCAACAUUGUGUACUUUUAUUAAAAAUUAAACAAUUUGACUGAAAAGGUGAGAGUAAACAGUACAAGACAUAUUUUACAUACAAUAUACAUUUUAUGUGUAUAUAUAUAUUCAUAAUACAAUUUUAGACUUAUUCAUAACAGUGUUUUUUAUAGGUGUUUGAAAUAUUGAAGUGUGACAUUUUUAUUUAUGUUUGUUAAUAAUCCCAUAGUUUAGCACCUUUAUAUGAUAUACAUAUGUACUGGUUCACAUCUGAAACAUCUUCUGGACCACUUCAGGAAGCAUAUUAUUAUUUACUCUUUAUACCUCAUAUGAACAGUUGUCUUUUGUACAAUUUUAAAAUGUGUGACUUUAUGAAUUAUUUGUUGGGUCUCUAUAGUCCAUUUUAGUAAGUAUCUUUAUUACUCUCCUAUGUAAUAUGAUGAUUGUGUUGUGAUUGUAAUUAUCUUUAUUUUCAGGUCUUACUUAAUGAAAUCUUCAAAUAAUAAAAUCCUUUU